AUGAAUCUAACGACGAAAGCAUGGAUGGCAGGCCCUCCAUUAGAAGUUCUUCUCAAUAUAUGCCCUCAACCUCCUUAUAUCAAAGAUAUGUCAGAUAAUCCAUCUAAUAAUUGGAUAUUUAUGAUCAAACCAUUUAAAUAUAAUGCAUCUAAUCCUAAUCGUGAACCUGUACCAAUCAAUGAAGAUAAUCGUUAUAUUGAUGCAUGGAAUGAACAUCAUGUUCGUAUGCCAUGUUCAAUAUCUUAUACUACAAAAGAUGGACAUUUACGAUGGCCUAUCAUUUGUCAAUUAUUAUGUUAUCUUAAACGAAAAUGUGAUAAUCAUACAGCAACUGUAGAAGAUUUAAAAAGAAUAAUUGAAAAUUGUGCUGAACGUCAUUAUAAUAUGGAUUGUCUCGAACAUCUCAUUAAUGAAAUUUAUUCAAAUGAACAACGUUUAUAUUUCAUGUCUAUUGUUCUUUCAAAUCUUUGUUCACUUGUAUUAAAUGUCGAUCUUAUAUGUAGUCGACCACCACCUUUAUUACGUAUUAAAUCAAAACGUGCCGUAACAAUGUCACAACGACAAGCUGCUUCAUUGUUAGCAUGUGCAUUUUUUUGUUUAUUUCCAUAUCGUUCUAGUCCAAAAGUAAAGAAAGAAUAUGAAAGUUUUCAAAAUCCAAAUUUUAAUACAUUAUAUCAACGUGGACCUAUAGAAAAAAUUGAAAAAUUAAAAUGUAUUUUACAUUAUUUUGAACGUAUUACGAGACAAAUGCCUAAUGGUGUAAUUACUUUUCGACGAUAUGAAUUAUCUGAUACAUAUGUACCAAAAUGGUCUAAAUCAACAAAAGGUCUCAUUCCUAUGCAUUUAACAACAGCUCAAAAGAUAGAAGAUAUUGAUUGUGUUUUACAAAUUGAUUUUGCUAAUAGAUAUAUUGGUGGUGGUGUAUUAACUUCAGGCUGUAUUCAAGAAGAAAUAAGAUUUAUUACUUGUCCUGAAAUGCUUCUUAGUUUACUUGUCUGUGAAGCAUUAGAACCGAAUGAAUGUAUCUAUCUAAUUGGUUGUGAACGAUAUUCAUCGUAUAAAGGUUAUUCAAAAACAUUUCAAUAUGAUGGGGAUUAUAUCGAUAACAAACCUAAAGAUAAUUGGGGAAGAAAAUGGUCUCAUCUAGUAGCUAUUGAUGCUGUCUAUUUUCGUGAUAGAUCAGCACAAUACAAUAUGAAAUAUGUAAAACGUGACUUAAUCAAAGCUUUUGCUGGUUUUCAUACUCAAGGACAAACAUCGGAUCAUGCAUUUCCUAUUGCAACUGGAAAUUGGGGUUGUGGUGUAUUCAAUGGUGAUAAACAACUAAAAGCAAUUAUCCAAUUAAUAGCUGCUUCUGAGGCUGUACGUCCAUUGAUAUAUGCAGCUUAUGGUGAUAAGAAUGUAAUCGAAUCCUUCUACAAAGUAUAUGAUUAUUUGAUAGGUCAACGUGCUAAAGUACGAGAUUUAUAUCGUUAUCUUGAUCUAUAUUGUAAUGGACAUAGACGAUGUUCAUUGUUUGAUUUUAUUCUACGGACACCUGUUUCAACACUUGAUUCUUAA